AAUUUCUGCACAAUACAUCGGUAGCAUUGCGAUUUUAGUAAUGUCUGAAAAACGGAAUGAAACACUAAAGUGUGCAGAAAGGAUGUUAAUUGUAUUUUUAUUUUCGUAGCUAAAUUCUUGCUAACGUUAAGCCAGGCUACGGUUGUAGCUAAUGUUAUGUCAACUCGCUUCCAUAUUGUCAGAGCACAGUCUGACCACUACAAACGUACACGUGUGUAAUACAUUCAGUUUUAAGGAGUCCGUAUGAGCGUACAUGACCAGAAUAUUAGCUUUGGUUUGCUGGAUAUCAAACCGACAGAACACGGAAUGGAAGCUGGUGUAUUGUACAUAUUUAUAAAAAUGUUACAUUAAGCACUAUAUGAAUGCAACGAUGUCAUGUGUUCGGUGCAUAAGUGUGAAAUGUCCCAGUGAGUUCUUAAGCGGUGACAUUUAUUUUAUUUUAACUAAUCAAACAUACUUCACGUCUGUUUUGAGAUGGAAGACGGUAACAGGACCGAUGCUGCCUCCACAUCAAAAAGCCACGCCGGCUCACUCCACCUGCAGACUCCAAAAAAUGAAGAAACCUAUGAAAUUGUCAUCCCCUAUGAAGAAAACACCUUUGAGCAGCAAGGAUUUUUCAACCAGAGUGAUCAGAAUUUUGAUGAAUCGCCCCCAUCUGCUGGCCCGUCCCAAGUAAACAACUUAUACAUGGUGAUCACCAACCUGCGGACCCAGCUACAGAUAUCUCUAGAGAAAAACUCCUGGAUGCAGAAAAGAAUUGAGGACUUGGAAGAGGAGAGGGACUUCCUCCGUUGCCAGCUGGACCGCUUUAUAUUUUCCACAAAGAGCCAGGAGCAGAGUCAGAGCCAGUACAGUAACGGUUAUGAAUCCAGACGAUUCAACUGGAGGAUAAGAAGAGAGGAAGGCCGUUCUGUUGAGCAACAAAAGCCUCAAGAGUCUCAGCAUUUCUCCUCACGGCAGUUUAUGCAACGAAGGCCUGGUCCUCCAACCAUGGUGCCUUCCAAAAACCCUGUCUCCAGUCCACUAACCAAUCAACUCGCAUCUAUAAAUGCUUUGUUCAACUCUACCCAAACCCAGUCCCUCUUGCAGGGCCAUAACCACAGUACUCCCAAUGCCACAGCCAGUGGCAGCAGCAACAGUAACAGGUCCCCCAUGAAUGAAAUGAGUGGACAUAGCAACAUAGAUUCAAUUUCACUCUUGGGAGAAUCUGAUGAGUACUUGGAGCAGGAUGGCUACCUCGACGAGGAAGAAAUGAUAUCAGGGGAAGAUUUGAUGCAAGGUAACAUUAACAACAAAGGACACCAAUUUAAGAGAAGGCGGGUCUUCCGAGCCCCAAGAGAGCGACAGAGAGUGAAAGAUGCUGCUGGAGUGCUGUUUCGCUACAAAAAGAUCCUGCUAACAUACCAGCGUCUGAAAAACAUGUCAAAAGCCUUCCAGAUCCAUGGUGUGGACCGCAACACUGUGGCUUCCACUACACCCAUUGCGGAGCUGCUACUUGUGGCCCCAGAAAAGGUGGCAGAGGUGGGCGAGUUUGACCCAUCAAAGGAAAAGCUUCUGGACUAUGCCCGGCGCUGCUACACUGCACUGGAUGAGGAGACACUUAACAGGGUGCAGGCCCUGAAGAAGAAUAACCUGCUCUUGCCUAUCUCCUACAGGUUCAGACACUGAGGAGAGAAGGACAUGGGGGUUAACUGUGGAGAGAAGAAGCAGUUAAGUUCUGCUGCAGCAGGCCAGCUCACCUCCGAGGUUGGAGAUGCCCAGAAGCAGGAGGAAUUAUUUUUGCUAUCUCAGCAUACAAUGAUUCUGCUUUGAACUUUAUAAUACUAAAAUUAACAGUUUGCACAUAAUGCAGACAGGGCAGUCAGACUGUUCCUGUCGGUAUCUUAACCAACAGACACACACACUCAGUUAUGUCAGUGUUUUUCUUUACCUGGAGAAAUGUACCCCGUAUGAUAACUGUCAUUUUCAAUAUACUGUUUUCAAUGGUUUAUGUGUGAACAAAAUGUCUCUUAACUAUUGGGAUAAUAGAGGGGGAUUGCUUCCUUCAAUACUUAAAUGUGUAACCAAUUUAGCGUGUUCAUGUUUUAGCCUCAAUAUUUGCCAAGACACUGACCUUUAUUGAUUGAACAUCUGGAUCAGUUUGUGGCCAGUAGUUGAAUAAUUGAUUGUGUGGAUCAUCACGUCUAAAAGAUUUAUGAGCCUUGCCGUUUUUAUCACUAUAUUUGUGUGCACAAUCCUAAACAUAUUCAAGCUCUUAUUCACAAUGUCUGUUUAUGUUAAAACGAUGCUGCACUCAAUAGAUUUUGUAGGGAUAAAUUAUUAUUAUUAUUAUUAUUAUUAUUUUAUACUGUAUUUUUAAGAUAUCAUAAUUUCCUUUUGUUAAUAUUGCUCUUUGUGUCUGUGCUUUAUUAUUUUGGGCGUUGACAUUAUAACCAUUUUUAACCUUAACACUAACAGGAUUUGAUGAUGCAAGUCAUGAAAUACUUUUGGGUCACUUUAUACCCUGAACAGCCACUGAGUUUGAAUUAGGGAGUCAUUUUGUCUGUCUGUUCCUUUCCAUUUAUCCUGUUGUAAACGAGGAGAAAAAAAUAAUAUUAGCAAGAGAAAGAAGUAAACAUGUACUGACUGUAUUAAAGACGAGUCCACAAUUACUUAGUGCCGAUUUACUUGUUUGUUCUGUUAUAAAGAAACGAGUUGAGAAUAUUUUCCGGCAAUUUUAUAAACUGAGCUUGCAUUAAUAAUAUUAAUGUCAAUAAAUCUGAAUAACAGCGAUGGAAA